AUGCAGACUGAAUGGGUCGAUGCCUUCGGAACCCCAAUCGUUUACAUUUUCGAUGUUUCUUCGGAUGAGGGAAAAGCCGAUGCUCGAGCUGGAUACGGAAUAGACUGGGGUCCAGUCAAGUCGAAGAAAAUAGGCGCUGUCGCAUUUGGAGAAAAGACCGAAUUGAGAGCAUUACUAACAGCGAUCUGUGUUGCCAUUGACGAAGCUUCUGAAUGUAAAAUACCCUCGAUUGUAAUCAGACAUCGUUCCCGGAAAUUGGAUGAAGCAUUGAAAAGAGAUCGCAGCUUAUUAGAAAAUAGCAAAGACAAUGAUGAAGAUCUGUUUGCAGUGAUUCAAGAAAUAAUUAAUAUAUUGCCUGUCAGCAUAGAAAGAACAAACGCCAUCAGGAUGUUCAACGUUGCAGCUCAACGAGCGAGGAGGACCAUCGGCCAGCAUUCUACAGCAGUUGAACCUUACACAAAUCAUCAAUUUGAGAAAGGCUAUCGAAUGGUUGAUAUUUACGGUGCCUGUAAUGAUGGUCAACCGGAUGCAAAAGCAGGAUAUGGUUUCUAUUGGGGAGAAGGCUCUCGAUUCGCACCACGACGAACUCAUAAUCCGAAGCCGAUGCGUAAAUGUUCACAAUUGUAUCAUGAGAAAACUGUACCCAGAUGGGGAAAAUCGGGAUCUUUUUGA